AUCAAAUUCCGGGCCGGCACCUCCUCGCUGUUGCACUCAUAAUAUAUUGCGUCUGCUAGACGUCGUUCUAAUCUAAUUGCUUGCCAUAAUCCUCCUUCUCCAUUUCCAUAAUUCCGUUAUACUAGAAACACCAGGGGCGAUAAGGCACAUCAAUCCAUCUCGCAUUGCGUCAUGUCGCUUCAGCCAAUCGAACCCGACGACAGUCGGAUCGAACAUAAGACGGCUGUACUGAAUGGGCUCAAUUACCACUAUCUCUACGCUGUCCCUCCUGGCGGUCAAUUCAAUGCUACCGUCUUUCUGAUUCAUGGAUGGCCCGACCUAAGCCUUGGUUGGAGAUACCAGAUCCCUCAACUUCUGGGCAUGGGCCUUCGGGUCGUGGCGCCAGAUUUAAUGGGAUUCGGAGGCACAGACGCCCCCAAAGUUCCUCCCAAUCCCAUUAAUCUAUACGGUCUCAAGAGAGCCUCAGAUGACAUCGCAGCUCUUGCCAAACACGUUGGCGCGGAGCAGAUCAUUCUUGGAGGCCAUGACUGGGGAGGCUUCGUCGUGUGGCGAUGUGCACAAUGGUAUCCCAAAUUGAUCUCUCAUGUGUUCGCAGUCUGCACCCCUUACACUCCACCCCAUGAGCAAUAUCUCUCCCUGGAGGACCUUGUUAAAGGCCCGUUGCCACAGUUCGGCUACCAGAUUCAUCUGGCUUCGGGCGAGGUCGAGAAGAGCGUCAAUGAUGAGCAGUCCAUUCGCCAAUUCCUGAAAGGCAUCUAUGGAGGCCGCGGACCGAACAGGGAGGAGCCGUUCGACCCGCACAAAGGCGUUCUCGUCGAAAAUCUUCCCAUCAUUGGUGAUAGUAGACUCCUGAACGGCAAGAUCCUCGACUACUACGUGAAAGAAUAUUCCCGCCACGGAAUUCACAGCACUUUGAACUGGUAUCGAACGAGGAGAGCGAAUUGGGAAGAAGAUCAGGGAUUGCUCGAUAAAAAGCAGAUCCAUACUCCUGCAUUGUUCAUCCAGGCCACAUUUGACUCCGUCUUGAAGCCAGAGAUGUCCCAAAGUAUGGAUCAGCUCAUUCCAAAUUUGACCAGAGGAGAGGUCGCUUCUACGCACUGGGCUCUGACCCAGAAGCCGGAGGAAGUAAAUGCUAUUAUCCGGAAAUGGUUGGAAAAUCAGGGCUUUGGAACAAGGAGUUCUUUGUAAACUUUGUAGCAAAACGACCUGAGGCAAUUUCCAUAGUCUCGUGGCCAAGUUUGUGGAGAUUACACCGUAGCAGGUCUCUCCACAAAACGGCUUCGGUUUUUGAUAAUUGAGUUUACGUGCGGCUCUAUCGUUGACUUUUC